CAGGUUACUCUGUUGACAUAUAAGAGCAUCCCAGGGAGGAGGACCACACGCUGGGAGCGGGAGGAAGCAGAAGACGCAGAACCCAGAACCGAUGGAGGUGAUGGAGGCAAGUGAAGCCCCAAGGAACAGAGACCUGAUGGCUAAAGGCAUAUUCCUGACUGACUUCACAAACGACCCUUCACAGUUUAGGGGGCUGAAAAGGACCUACCUGUGCUACGAAGUGGAGCUCCUGGAUGGCAACUCCUGGGUCCCACUGGACAAUGGCAGGGACUUCCUCUCUAAUCAGCCACGCCGCCAUGCAGAGUUGUGCUUCCUGGACCGGGUUUCUUCUUGGCAUCUGGACCCCACGAAGCGCUACAAGUUCACCUGGUUCCUUUCCUGGAGUCCCUGCCGUAACUGUGCCCAGGAAGUGGCUGCCUUCCUGGGGGGGAACAGCCACGUGAGCCUGAGCAUCUUCGCCGCCCGCAUCUAUGAUUGCUACCCGGGAUAUGAGGAGGGCCUGCGCUCACUGCAGGGGGCCGGGGCCCAUGUGGCCAUCAUGACCUCCACGGAGUUUGAGCGCUGCUGGAGAACCUUUGUGGACAAUGGUGGAUGUCUUUUUGUGUCCUGGAAUGGGCUGAAUGAAAGCAGUCAGAUGUUAAAGAGGAGACUGGAGAGCAUUCUCCAGGGACAACUGAGAAGACACCCUUAGUGUCUACCAAGAAGGCUGGGAACCCUGUUGAACAAAGAAAUGUAGUCAAUUCCCUUCAGGAAAUGUAAUCACACAAUUCGCCACAAUCUCCAGAUUGCUCCAAAGACAGCAGCAAAAGGCAAAGCGCACACAAGUAUUAAAGUUUAUUAAAAUCACCACAGAAUUACUUUUAAUUCAAAAUUUACUUUGUGUUUAUCAUUGAUUAUAAUAAUAUUAUAAUCAAUACUACCAGAAUAAAUUUCAAUUUUUAAUAUGAUAAUUAUUUAAUUGGUUUUAAACCCAGAGAAGUAAAAUGAACUACUAAGAGCCUUUCUGAAA